AUGGGAGAGGAGGUCGCAGCUCGAGCACACAGGGAGUGGCCACAGUUGAAGCAGUCGGUGGAGGAGUUCUUCACGGAAGUGGAAGCCGCCUGCUUGAGGGACAAGGCGGACUUAGAAGGCCUUCCCGCUGUCGCGAGCCAACAGGCUGAGGAGGCGCUUGCAGCAGAAGGCCUUCUCCUGACAGCCCAGGAAGCAGACCCUGACUCAAGCGACUUGCAGCCCCACAGCCUUGAGACUUUGAGCUCUUUCUGCGAGGAGCUGAAGGCUGCUGUGGAGCAAAAUCCGCAAUUCUUCGAGCAGCGGGGAGCAGAGCUGCAUCGAGGUUUGGAGAACAUCCUGGCGAAUCACCCGCGGGGCUCCUACAACAGGGAGGAUCUCUUUAUCAAGGGUGCCAUCACAGACCAUGUCAGUAGUGUUUUCCGAAGGAUACAGAGUGACAGCUCUAAUCGUACCGUUCUCUAUGCCGACUACAAGAAGGAGAUCUCGAGGCUCACAGCCGAAAUCCGUCGUGAGUCCGAGAGUCUCUCGGAAAAUGCGCUGGUGCCGAAGCGUAGGGAACUGGAAGAUCGCCGUGCCAGACAGUUCUACAAGCUCUACGAACAGCACCAGGAGCAAGAGAGGGCAGUAACGACGAAAAGUGAGGUGCCCUCCCUGCUGCGGACACAUUCGGCAAGCUUCGAGCAGGCAGAUACGAGGGACAGACAGCGUCUUGCGGAGUUGCAGAGCCAGCACAAGCUUCUUGCAUCCGAAUGCUUGGCCCUGCAUUCGCGACAGCGAGAUGCGUUGAACCACAUCACGUCGCAUUGCCUCGCUGAAGAACGGCAAGCCCAGCACAGCUGCCAGAACAAGCAGGACGAGUUGCAACAGGAACUUGAAAGCUUGAAGGCUCAGUUUGCCAGAUGCCAGCACUUGCUGCAAGACAUCCGACACCAGCGUCGCCAUGCCCAACAGCAUCGCCUGCAUCGAGCGACAGUCUCGGAGCUCAUGAAUGUCGCUAUGAGAAGUGUGGAUGUGAAGAGGGUUCGACUUGAAAAGAUGGCGGCUCGCUAUGCUCAGGGCCAAGCAGUCCUCCAAGCAUUCGCAACCUGGAUGACCGAUUCCUACCGCUUCAUGGAGACAACGCUCCUCGAUCGCCAGCAGCGGCUGGCAGAGGAGCUGCCGGAGCAAAGGCGUAACUUCAACGCUUUGCUUCACUGCUUCGUCGAGGAUUUGGGGAGGCGGAAGGCGGAGCAGAAGCAGGCCAUGUCCCAUCUUGACCGCAAGAUGAAGCAGAAGUACAAAGAUGCCGCCGCUGAAGAGAGGAUGAAAGGAGGGGAACAGAAGGCGAGCAGCAAGAAGCGGAAGGCAGAGGAGCUUCAGAAGCAGAUUGAUGAAUCGCAGAAGGAGAUCGAAUGGUUGGAUGGGCAGCAGAAGAAGCUGAAGACUCUGCCUGAGCUUCGCGAAAAGACGACAGAGGACUCCCGCGGCUGGGCACGGGACAUCCUGUACAACCGUCCCUUCGGCGUCCCAUGGUCUACUCCAGCGGCACUGGAAGCCCCACAGCAACAGGCUUCCUGGUUUCCUUCCUUGGGAACUUCCUUGCAGAAUUUCGUUGCAAGGCGCCUACGAGGAAAGCAGCCUCCCUCCGAGAUCUCCGAGGUCAGGUCGUGGUGGUCAGAGACCACUGCCAAUGAGCUUCCGAUAUCUGACCGGCCUUACAGAGCCCUGCUGCAACUGACAAACUGA